CUUCAUAACUUAACCUUCAGCUUGCUUCGACAAUUUUGCAUAAACUUUCUUUCUCCCGGCUAUCACUGUAAAAUGACAACUAUAAUAAAAUCUCUCAUCUUACUUUUGCCCCUUCUUUUUUAUUCCUUUUCCACUGAGACGGAAGCCCGUCCAUUCAAUAUCAUGUUGCCAAGGAACUCUCCCACUGAAGUAAAUGAUGGUCUUUUCGACGGCUUAGCUCUUGGGGCAAUCAAGCAAGCUGGGCCGAGUCCGGGUGAGGGGCACAAACUCAUUGACAGCCAUACCUUAGGAGGCAUCAAGGACUCGGGCCCGAGCCCUGGUGCGGGUCACAAGUUCGUUGAUAGUCAGACUCUUGGAGGCAUUAAGGAGUCGGGUCCCAGCGGCCCUGGGGAGGGACACAAGUUAGUUGAUAAGCGUAUUCUUGAAGGCAGUAAACAGUCGGGUCCCAGCCCUGGAGAGGGACCCUGAAGAGGCUCCUGAGAACGAGGAAGCAUUCGGUUGCAGAAACUUGAGCUAAUUAUAUCUAUUAUACUUCUGAAGUUUGUGGCUCAAUAAUUUGUUCAUAUAUUUUUCUUUUGUUCAGCAUCCUAUCAGUGGAACAAUUAAGGAUGACCAUACAAUACAAUCCUAUAAAUAGACUUAAAAAUGUUGAUAUGUAUACAUAUAGAAUCCACGUUUGCUUUUGUUUUCAAUAAAAAUAAUAAAUGCCAAUACCUGUUUGUCCCAA